AUGGUCAGAAUAACGUCCAAGGACGGCAUCAGCUUCGAAGCUGAUCGAUCCGUCCUUCUUCGAAGCGAGUGGUUCUCCAAGGCCUACGACGGCAGCUUUAAAGAGGCCGUCACGGAUGAGUGGGACUUUUCCAAUAACCCCCACGCGACGUACAGUGUGCUCUGCGCCUACAUAGAGUACCUGGAGAAGGGCAAGAUAUCGCAGGGCCAGCGGCUGGCGGCACGGAAGCGCGGGCGGGAUUUCGCCGAUUACAUCUGUGAUGCGGGUUUCGCAAAGGCUUUGGGAUAACGAUGCAGGGAAGUUUCAGUAACGGGGCAUCAUGAUCUGAUUCUCACAUUCUCUAAUGAAAGCAGUCCGUGGAAUUCAAGCAGUCAUACAUAAUCAUCCAGU